CAAUCAUUCGAGCCAGCUGUGUUGAAGCUCAAACAAGCUUCAAGACGGGGCGAGCCCUAAACAAGGCGGCCGGCCGGAAUUUGGAGUAAUUAGGUGCUAGCUUCUUCCUGUCCUGCCUUGAUCACCCCGAUUGAUGUACAUACACGCUCCGCUCAGCUGAACAAGAAAUUCAACCAAUUGGUCGACUAUUUCGAAGACGAUCCGGCGGAACUGUGUUUUUACUUCUUACGAGAAGAAUAUGGCGAAAAAGGAAAUUCACUCGGAGCGUGAUCGAGGCUUCUACAAGGCUUAUAUCCAACUUAUGAUAUCAACCCUUGGACUUGAAAGCAAAGUGAAAUUAGUGUACGAGUGCCAUCAUCUUUUGGAGUCAGCAGUCGUCCUUUUUAUGGUUGCACAAUCAUUCGGGUCCCUGCUAAAUGAACAAAAUACAGAUCUGAUAAUAUAUAAGGAGGAUUUCAGCGUGCUCAUGGUCGUUGUGGGGCUGCGAUUGCUGCUGUGGUACUAUUUGAAAAGAUUUGGUCAGACUUGCUACAGAGCUGCCGCAGUGGUGCUGCUACAUUAUGUCUUAUUACUUCUGAUCAACAAAAGGUAUAUCAGAAUUGCUAUCGUUCCUGUUAUCUUCUUUGUCUUCAUAGGUGUACUUGCGAAUGAAUUUAAGGAGAAUCCUGCCAAGAAAUUUGAGGAGAAUCCUAGUUUCCAGUACGACAACAUUAUCACACCCCCCGCUGAGAAGCGUAUAGGAAAAGAGAAAACAUACGACAGCGGUGAGGAGAUUGUAUUUGGAGAGAGCUCUUUUGGAGAUCACGACAGCAGUGAAGAUGUUGUAUUUGUACAUGGCCCUGAGAGUUCCCAGGGGCGGAUGAAAAUGGAAGUGAUUUCUUGUUGUUUGCAGUUAUCAUUCGUGAUAUGUACUCAAUUCAGCGAACAACAAGGCGGUACUUUUGUUCUCUCUCACUUCUUUCUGUUCAUCAAUUCGUCUCUAGGUGCACUAGCAGUGAUGAUAGCCGCAUCCCCUAUUGGAACCAGUCCUGGUGCAGUACAGGUGCUGCUAGCGCUGCACAAGUUCUAUCUUAUAAUGCUACCGAUAGCAACUUGCACAAUGGCCGCAGAGUGGCUAGGGAGUGGCGCCAUAAGUCUUUACAUGCCGGAGUUCAUUGUAUUGAUUGUAUGGUUCACUAAUCACUUUGAUCAUGCUGGUCGGGAAGGGCGUAUCAACUCUGCCACACGGGGCCUAGUAGUAGUACAACUACUCUUGCGAAACCCACUCAUGGUAUUAGCAGUUCCGUCAGCUGUAUAUGACCCGGAAAUGUUGGUGUCCUGGUUCAGAGGCUCGUUUCGCGUCUCUAGCUCUUCGUCGGCUCUGUCCUACUUGCACGUUUGGAUGCUACAUCAAUGGCCGGGGAAGACAUUAAACUCGACUGGACCAAUCAAACUGCUCAAGUUUUCUGCGGAAUUUAGCUUUUAUAUGGCACUUCUGCUGGCUGGACCGUCGGCUGUUCUGGCAAUCAUAUCUGGAGAUCAAGCUUCAAGGAUACUGAUUCUGUAUACAGUACGGUUACCAUUUUGUACAGGACUAUAUCUUUAUCAGGGGACUGAUAAUAUAGGACUAAAGAAUAUUCUGUGGACUAUGCUGAUAUCACUAGUGCCAAGAUUUCGUCGGAACAAAGUAAACAGUGCGCCACACUGCCAUCCAAAGGCCAUAUGAUGACUUCUGUUCAUUCUGGGUGCAUUAAUUGGUCCUAGGAUUGUGCAAAACCAUUUAAUUUCUUGCAUCGGAAUCCAGUUUUUGAUAUUAUUGUA